AUGGCUCCACUCGACACUAACGAGCCUCCGUCGCCAAGUGGAGGCUCCUCGCGCCGCCGGUCGUCUGCGACGUUGCUGGACUGGUCGGGCCUUCCGCGCCAGCGCCGAGUCUCGUCUCUGUCGAAUAUCGCGGGCGGCGCGGCGGCGGCUGAAGACUUUUUCUUUUAUGAGCAGCUGCCCGUCGUGCUCGAGUUUGGCUCGGCCUUUUGCAAAGCCGGGCUCGGAGGCGAGCCUGAGCCGCAGUGCAUCGUCCGCACGCAGGAGCUGCGGAAGGGUCCCGAGAACGUCAAGACGCUGAAGAGCGCCUUCGUGAAGCGCACUCCGAUCGAAACGCCUGCGAUGACUCGGUGGCGACUCCGCCUCAAACUCGACGAGCUCUUCUUCAGGCGGCUCAUGAUCCAACCCAAAGACCGGAGCGUCGUCCUCUGCGAGGGCAUGAUGCGAAACCCUGCCGAAAAAGCCGCUCUUGUUCAGCUCCUCUUCGAAGUCUACGACGUUCCAAGCAUCGCGUUCGUCCCUGGUCUCGUCUCGCCGCUCUACUGCUGCGGCGUGGACACGGGCAUCGUCGUGGAUGUCGGCCACUGGGAGACUCGCGUCUUGGCGACGGUUCUGGGCUGCCCGCACUUGCACUCGCUCACAGUCGCCGGCGUCGGCGCCGCCUCAGUCGACCGCGAACUGCGGCAUCUGCUUCGCUCGGCGGUCGCCGGCGACCCCGUCGCGGUCACUCUGGUUGACUCCCUCUCAGCUGAGCAACUGGAAAACAUCAAGGUCACGUGCUGCUACACAGCGUACGACCUCCGCGAAGCUGCCCAGCAACGCCGCGAGCGAGUGCAGCGGAAGCGAGCGGAGACGGGCACCGCGGAGGGAGACGCUCCGAGCGACGGCCAAGAGGUUGAGGACGGCGUGGAGGUCUUCAAAAGUAACAAGGCGAUAAAGGUCCGCGUAUACGACAACAACACGCUCACAAUUGACGCGUCCACCAGGUGGAAGGCUUGCGAAGUUCUCUUUGGCGCGGUCCAUGGCGCUACGGCGUCUGUUCAAGAAGCUAUCGUCGAAUGCAUUCGCAAAUGCCCUUUCGAAAUGCGAAAGCUGAUCGUUCAAAACAUUCUCUUGUGCGGAGGCACGGCUCAGUUCCGGGGCUUCACGACCCGCCUCGCCAUCGAACUCGAGGCGCAUUUGGCGGCGGAGCCGAGCCUGGAGAAGCUGCGGCCUCUAGUCAACUUCGGCGUACCGUGCUUCUCGCCGCUGCUGCGGUCAUGGACCGGAGGCUCCAUCCACGCUGGGCUGCCAGGCAAGCAGGAGUAUACGAAGGCGGACUACGAGCGCGGCCUGCCCGUGCCGGACUGGACGGCGUGGAUUUUCACCGCGUCUUCGUCCGCGGCUGCGGCAGAAGCCGCGACGGAGGCAGGCGAGCCUGCGGUUCCUUAUCUGCAGCCGGAGGAUUCCCUCUCCGCUGCGUGA